ACCUUAGCAACCGCCAGUUGCGAUUUACUUGACGACAGGUGACAGGCAUAAUUUCUCGAAAGCUAGAAAAAGGAAUUACAAAUCGAUUGUUGCACUACUCAAACGUCUGCAGAGUUUGUUUUCAUAUUACUAAAAAGUGAGAUAGAAUAAAAAAAAGAAAAAUCUAUCAAGUAGAUAAAUUCAAAAUUGCUUUGAAAGACUUAACAUAUUUUAAAAAUAAUAGUAUGAGUUUGACAAUCCAAUAGGUUAAUAGAAAAUAAAGGUGCGAAUGCUUAAAAAUAUAGAACAUAUUUUCUAAAACGUUUUGAAUGAAUAUAUUAGAAAUAUUUUUGACGGACUCAGCCCUCAACAAUUGGAUUUUUUGUCUUUUGAGAGAGUGAAAGUCAAAAAUUCGAGAAACAUCAUGCAGUUAAACAUCAGGCCUUGGGACAGUCUUAUCCAAUGGAAUUGUAUCCAACUGUUGCCCUCCUUGGAAAAUCUAGUGUCAAAUCUCAAGUUUUUCAGGGACAACUAUUUGAUUUUGGUGCUAUUGUCAGUUUUCUACAACUAUGUUAUCUAUGAAUUUUUCGAUGUAAAUUUACUCAACAAUGCUGUCAAUGUGGCUACAACAAUUUGCAUAGUUGUCACACAUGCUUGUUUCUACAACAGACCUCAACUCCCGUCUGGUGGUAUUGUAAAUGGUCAGGAUAAUUUAAGCAGAUCAGAUGAUACGUUAACGGAAACCAAUCAGACCAAUCACCAAACAAGGCAGUGUUUUUAUGGUCAAAAUAAAGGGAACAUCGGAAAUUCUUGCAACAAUUCGAACAGGUCUCAAAAUUUCCCCUCUUCGAAUUUUAACUAUUCCAGAUUCAGAAAUCGUAAUGUCAGCGAUGACGAUGUAAAUGAUCAGGAUGAUUUUAAUCGACCCAAUAAUACUUUAUCAUAUCCUUGGAAUCAAACCCAAACGAUGUAUCAGUUACGAAAUCGGAGAAAUGUUGAAAAUUUCAACAGUACCAGACAUCGAAAAUCUCCCUCUCCAAAUUCUAAUGAAUUCAGAAAUCAUUCCUAUAAAAAUAAUAAGAAUCACCGAAAUUUUACUCGCAGUUUUGAGAAUCAUUCUGCAAAUAGUCAGAGUUUUGCCCGAUUUCCUAAAUUUCCUAAGCGAAGAAAUAUUAAUAAAUACAAGAAGAAUGAACAAGAUUAUGAUUCAAAUUUAAAUUGGGGCUGUGUUCUAUCGAUUUUGUUAUUUUGUUUCAUUGCCUACAUUAAAAUCAAUGAAGUAGCGAUAAAGCCACCGCAAAUUACAAGUUUUAAUUCAACCAAUUUUUCUUGUGUUCUAUCUUAACUUUUUGAUGGCCAUCAAGUUUAAGCUAUCAAUAAUUGGUACGCUUAUCUUAAAUGGUUCGUUCGCAAUCUUCUAUAGUUUCAUAUUUUUUGCUAAUAAAAACAAAGCGAAAAUGUCAUUUAAACGAAAUGUCAAAUAAAGUGAAGAUCUUCACAAAACCUUGUAACAAGAUAAAAUCGUUUUUGACAUUAUAAUAAAAAUCUUGUUUGUA